AUGCAUCUCCACUCCCCACCACCUCCCCUCCUCUCAACCCACGUACUUGCAUCUCUCCCUUCCGAGGACAUCUCCUCCCACGCCCACGUUACCCAGCCUCCGCUUAUCGCGUACGCUCGGUUGUUCAGACCGCUGCCGCUACCCCCUUCUCUCUUCUCCUUUCCCCACUCAGAAGCAAUGAUGCGCAAGACGUCCCUGUACGCCUUCGCGGCCACCCGUAAGGCGCUCGUAGGCAACGGCCCAACGUUCCACACAGCUGGUGACAAUAACAACACGUCCGACAUCCAGAACGCCUUCCCGAUGAAUGAGCGCGGCAUCCGUUCCUCCUCGCCGUUCCCGGAGCCGAAUACAGCCAUCUAUGAUACGUACAUGCCCUGGACGUACUUCCAGCCGAUCGACGUGAAGAUAAACAAGAUGCCGGAGCCGGAGGCGAAGUACUACCAGUUUCACACGAAGAAACCCUGGGAUGUGUCGACGACUGACCUUAUUGAGAUCCAGUCGCGUAAGAAGUACGUGCAGGGCGUGGGGUACUUCCUCAUGGUGAUCUACGUGUACUUCCUGAUGCCCAAGGAGAAGUCGUACUCCGGCGAGACAGGCUCCGACGGCUUCUUUGUGAUGCUGCCCAAGAACCAACCGGAAAAGUUCUGA